GUUGGAAUACCAAGAGCAGCUGGUGGAAGAUGCACGCUUCGUGCGGCUCCCCGGGCCGGGGGAGAGCACCGUUUCGUUGAGAGAUGGGGAACUCGGGGCGGUGCGGGAGAUGCCAGCUGAGAUGAUCGAGCCAGUGGCGGUUGAGGCUGGUCAU